AUGGACCUCUUCCGGCGGGCUGGUAAGUCCAGGUCGUCCGGGGCGUCGCCUCUUCCGGUGGCAGACGACAAAAUCUCAAAACCGUUCCGUCCGAGCAAACAAGACUCGCGCUAUGCUUUCCUCAGGAAACCAAUGCGCGUUCGCGGGAAUUCGAACAUCUCUAUCCCGUUUGGCGUCGUUGUCGUUUUCCCCGCCAUCGUCCUCAUACUGAUCCUCAUGCUCUUCUUCAUGCAUCCAAACUCUCCUGGGAGGAUAUUGAUGCCGGCAGGUGCGCCUCCAUCGAUACGCCUAAUCAGCGAAAAGUACGACAAGGUGUUUGCUACAGGAUGUCUCGAACCCGAUACCACCAAGCCCCGCGCCAAUGCUGCCUUUGUCGUCUUGGCCCGCAACAAGGAGUUGGACGGAGUGGUCCAGUCGAUCAAGUCCAUCGAGCGCCACUUCAACAGGUGGUACCAUUACCCCUACGUCUUCCUCAACGACGACGAGUUCAACUCGACCUUUAAAGAGACCGUCACAAACUACACGUCAGGGACCGUCGAAUUUGGCAAGGUCGGUCCGGAGAUGUGGGGAUUCCCCGACUGGAUCGAUCCCAAGGUGGCCAAGGAGGGCAUUGCCAAGCAGGGCGACAAUGCUGUGAUGUACGGAGGCAUGGAGAGCUAUCACGCAAUGUGCCGCUUCUACUCUGGCUUCUUCUACAAGCACGAGCUGCUGCAGAAGUACGAGUGGUACUGGCGACUCGAGCCAGAGAUCAGCUACUUCUGCGAUAUCACCUAUGACCCGUUCCUGGAGAUGAUUGCCGCCAACAAGACGUACGGGUUCACUAUCGCCGUCAAGGAGCUCCGCGAGACCGUUCCCAACAUCUUCCGUUACGCCUCGGCAUACAAGCGAAAGAAGGGUCUCAAGUCCAAGGGGCUUUGGGAGAUGUUUGUCGAGCCGAUCGAGGAGACCGAGCCCGACACCUCGAAGCCCAAGAACCUGCCGGAGGACAUACUGAAGAAGGGCACCAAAGACAAGAGCCAGGAGCCCAUUGUCGACGAUGAGUCCAUGGAGGGCGAGAGCUACAACAUGUGUCAUUUCUGGUCCAACUUUGAGAUUGCACGGCUCAGCUGGUUCCGGAGUCAGGAAUACGAGGACUUUUUCCAGACAAUGGACCGCAGCGGAGGUUUCUGGAUGGAACGGUGGGGUGAUGCACCCAUCCACUCCCUCGCCGCCGGUGCUCUCUUGGGCCCCGGCGACAUUCAUUACUUCCGAGACUUUGGGUAUCGGCACACAACGAUCCAGCACUGUCCGGCCAAUGCGCCGGCAAGGCAGCUGCCACGAGAAAAGUACCUCGAGACGACGACGCUUGACGAGAAGAAGCGCAUCGAAGAAGACGCGUACUGGGAGUCAUGGGAUGCGGAGAAGGAAAAUGGCGUGGGCUGUCGCUGCCGAUGCGAUACAGACAUUGUCGACGUCGAGGGCAAGGACGGAUCGUGCCUCGCGGAAUGGGUCGACGUCGCAGGCGGUUGGGCGGCCCCUUAG